GCCGGGGUCUCUGCCGCCGCCGGCAAGCCGCGCAGAGGGUGGGGUGGCCGGGCGGCGCGGUGGGCGUUGAUCCCCCCCUCUCGCUCGCGGUCCCCGCCGCCCCCUCCCACUCCCCCGCCCGUUUCUCUGCCGGCCGGCCGCGCUCCUCGCCUCCCUGCCCGGGCGGGCGCGGCCAUUGCGGCCCCCGGCUGGGCGGGCAGGAGGAUGAUCACCAACACGCGGGGCUUCCUUUGGUCGGACCUGGAGACGCGGGCGCUGCUGGAGAUCUGGGGGGAGGCGGACGUGCAGAGCGCGCUGGACGGCAACUUUCGCAACAGCCAUGUGUACCGGGACGUGGCCUGCCGCCUGGCCGAGCUGGGCUUUGAACGCACCCCGGAGCAGUGCCGCAUCCGCAUCAAGGGCCUCAAGCGCCAGUACUACCAGGCCCGCGAAGGACUCAAGAAGAACGGGCACGCCCGCAAGAUCUGCAAAUACUACGAAGAGAUGGACCGCAUUCUCAGCUGCAGGCAAGGCGGGCACGGCCUGGAGGGGCACGGCGUGGCCGAGCGGCCUCUGACCCCCGCGGGGGUGAUGGUGGUGGCGACGGCGACGGCGGCCGGAGACGAAAGCCACCACCAGCCCGCCAUGGUGCUCGCCGCGCCCCCUUCCGCCAGACAGAGCGGCCUCCGCAACAGCCGCCAGGCGGACUUGGAGGAGCAGGACGACGACGACGACGACGACGACAAGGAGGAAGACGAGGAUGGUGGCGAGCUGGAGUCUUCCCCGCCGGACAACUUCCAGGACGACUCGGGCGAGUGCUCUUCUUACGCCGACCACGCCAUCAAAGUGGAAUGCCCCCCCUUCGCCAUCCCGCUACCACCUGCCGAAAGUUUUAAACAAAUUAAUGCUCACACCAAUGCACCACCGUUAUUAUCUCAGGCUAAAAGAUCAAAAAAGCGACAUGCAAAUUUAACACUGGACAAAAUGAUGGAAAAGUUUUUGCAACAAAGUAUGGAUACUGAAGAGAAGUUUUAUAAAUAUGAAGAACAACGACUUAAAAUUGAAGACAAACGACGUGAAGCAGAGCAUGCCAGGGAGCUCCAGAUGUUGCAGAUGUUGGGACAGAUGUUAGCAGGAAUCUCUUCCACAGUAUCACAAAGGUCCCAGUUUGUACCAAGUAAUCCUUCGCAAAGAUCAAAUCACCGAUCGUAUGGAGAAAAUUUUAACUAUAAUUCUGUGACAGCAACAUUAUCUCCACCCAUAGUUAUAGAGAGAUCUUUUUCAGUUCACAAAACACAUUCCAUAAAGGAAAUGGAAAAUAUAUUUCAAUUGGUGCGAAAUGUUAUUCCUCCUUUAACUGCCAAAAAACAUAAAGGCCAAGAUGGACGAAUAGGAAUUGUUGGAGGAUGCCAAGAGUAUACAGGGGCACCAUAUUUUGCUGCAAUUUCUGCUCUCAAAGUGGGGGCAGACCUAUCACAUGUAUUUUGUACCAAAGAUGCAGCAACUGUAAUAAAAUCUUACAGUCCAGAGCUUAUAGUUCAUCCAGUUCUUGACAGCCCUGAUGCUGUGCGUGAGGUAGAAAGCUGGUUACCACGACUUCACUCAGUUGUCAUUGGACCAGGUUUAGGAAGAGAUGAUUUAUUACUUGAACAUGCCAAGGGCAUUAUAGAAAAAUCCAAGGUCAAAGGAAUUCCUAUUGUAAUUGAUGCUGAUGGUUUAUGGCUCAUUGCCCAACAGCCUUCUCUUAUUCAGGGUUAUCCUCGAGCUAUUCUUACUCCAAAUGCUAUGGAAUUUAGCAGACUCUAUGAAGCAAUGCUUAGAGAUCCUGUAGAUAACAAUGAUUAUCAUGGCUGUCUGUUAAGGCUCAGCCAAGCCUUGGGGAAUUUGACAAUUGUUCAGAAAGGCGAACGAGACCUCAUUUCAGAUGGAGAAAAAGUGCUUGUAUGUAGCCACGAAGGAAGCAACAGGAGGUGUGGGGGACAAGGAGACAUCCUCUCUGGGUCCCUAGGAGUCCUAGCACACUGGGCCUUUCUUGCGGGACCAGAAAAAACAAAUGGUCAAAAUCCCUUUCUAGUGGCUGCAUUUGGAGCAUGUUCACUUACAAGGCAGUGCAACAACCAAGCCUUUCAGAAAUUUGGACGAUCUAUGACAGCCUCUGACAUGGUUUUAGAAAUUGGAACAGCCUUUAAUAAACUCUUUGAAACCUAAGACCAAAGCAGCGGAAGAGGAAAAAGAAGAACAAGUCUGGCAGCCACGAAAGUUACAGUAGGAUAUCCUUGUACAAUGCACCCCUUUUCAAGUGCUGUUAGCAGUAAUGGUAUACUAGGUAGUUUUUAUUUUUUAAAAUAAAAAAAGGGUAGGUAUUUUUAAAGGGUUUGGAAUAAAUUUUUUUCUUUUCCUUUUUUGGGAUGAAUAAGCUGUAGUUGCAGACGUUAUAAUAAAACAAAACUGAAAGUAUUUCCUCUGUUCUAUCUUACAGGUUGGUUUUUGAGCAAUAAUUACUAGUAGCAAAUAAUAUUCACUUGAUAGGCAACAUAAAGAUCAGCCAACUGUGGAUUCAUGAGGCCCAUGUAUAUGUAACUUGAAUUCAACAGGGCUUAUUUUCUAGUAAGUACUUAAAGGUCUGUGGAGAUUCCCAGUCAUCCAGUCAUGGUUGUCUCAAAGGUGCUUUUUUCAAAAGGCAACUGGACUUUCUUCCUUGAGGAAGAUGAGUUUCACUUCUCAUCCAAGAGGCUUCAUCAAUUCUGACAGGAUGAUGGGGGGAGGAUAGAAGGACCAUAUUUCUUUGCAGUCAUCUGGUCUUUAGCAUUCUCUGAGAACUUACUCUCUGAGACUCAAUGGCUCUCAAAGAGAGUGCUAACGACCAGAUGACUGAAAAUAAAUACGAUCCUUCCAUUCCCCCCCUCUCCACACCCCCAUCAUCCAGUUAGAACUGAUGAAGCUUCUUGAAUUAUAAACGAAAUGUCAUCUUCCUCAAGGGAAAAGAAACACAGUUCAAUUGCCUUUUGAAAAAGCACUUUUGAGAUAAUUAUUUAAAUGUUCAUGGCCCUGGACUUACUAAUUUCAAUGGAAGGAAAAUUAACUAUAUGUGAAGCUCUCCCGUUGAAAUAAAUGGGGUUUUAAAGUACUUAACUUUGGUGGCUUGUAAUACAAUAUUCUUCCACCAGCUCAUCUUCCUAAUUUGAUUUGCAAGAAUUAAUUUGCUUUGUUCUCCUAACAAUUGCAGAGGUUCAGUUCUGUGCACUUAGUAUGCCACUUUUGAUAAGUGCCGUCUUUGAGCAGAGACUGCAUGCAAAUUGCCUUUGACUCCUUGGUCUGUAAAGACACUAAUUUUUGUUCCUUUUUAAAAGGAAAGGAGGGAGGAGGCAUUGCUAGUUUUUGCUGUAAAGCAGCACCAAGAAGCUGUAAAUCAUGGCAUGUGAAAAUAGAAUUUGUUUAGCUGAAUAUAUUAAAGCUUCAUCUAUUAUUCAGUGCUAGUUUAGAACAUAAAACCAAAUCAUUUGUGGAGAAAUCAGGCAUACUUGGAAUUAGGGGUUCAGCAGGUUAUGUUACAAAAGGGGGAAUGUUUUAGAAACAGUUCACCAUAAGCAAUUCUUGCGUAGUCUUUGCACAGAAAUAGCUGUCAAUAGAAAGUGCCCUUCAUGCUUUUAUACUAGCAUUAAAAAUCACCUUGUAACAUACUACUGCACGUGGACGUGUUUUUUAGGGGGGGAAAAAUCACCAGCAUUGAAGUGAUUCAAAAAUGAAAAGUGAAGAAUUAACCUUAAUUGCACAAUAAGAUCACUCAGCAGACUGCAAUUUAGAGAGAAGAUAGUUCAAAGCUCAAUAGCAAUUCAUUCUUAAUAUUCAGCAUCAUUGUAAUAAAGGCUGUAGAACCAUCCAAGAGCAUACAGCUGCCCUAAGUGUAUCCUGUUAGCUUUACUGAAUGAAAAAGCUUAAUUUGGAAUGAUUGAUGAACUAAAUAUUUUGAUUUCAGCAGUUCCAUCUCGUAAUAAUGGUUUUCAAAAGACUGCAUAGAAAGAUGAUGGGAUAUAAUUGGUUUACUUGAAUUAUUAACAACUUGCUACUAUGCAUAUUUACUCAGAAAUAAUGUCCAACAAUUCAGUGGAGCUUAUUCCAAAGCAUAUAUGUGGACAACAAGCCUUAGUGUAGACUUUCUAGUGCUAAAUUAGCACUCCUCUGUGGGUACAAACAGUUGCUGUUGGGGUUUGUUACACGUAACAGUAGUUAAACACCAUUUAAUGCUAACUUUCUUUGUGCAAGCAGGAAAUUGCUCUGUAUAAAUUCAGUGCUUAUGGUUAACAUUUCAAUGCACUGAGAUUUCUACCUCAGAACAAUACAUUUGUUUUCUUUAUAUUAAGAGUCUUCUUUUCUUUGGUUCUAUCGAAGUUCAGAGCACAGCUCAUUAAAAAAAUUAAAGUACAGGUUAUACUCCUUGGAAGUAUGGUUGAGGGAUAGCUCUACUAUAUGUGGAAGAAUAGGACAACUGGGAAGAAAGUACCGGUGGGCCUUGCUUCCGAUUGUACAGACUGGCAUGAUUUUUCUUUCUGAAUUUUUGAAUUGACUCUAAAUAAGAGCCUGUUUCUCUGGAAUCAAAAAUAUUUCAAAACUAGAAUUUGCCUGAAGCAGAUCUCAUGUUGUACUCCUACUUCCAGAAAAUUGCAGAACUUAAUCAUUAUUCUUCCUAUCUGUGUAGGUGACUAGGAUGUUAUAGUACACCGAAGUUUUAUAUGACUAGCAUCCACAUAUAAACCACUCAGUGGAAAUUUUUAUUUCUUGCAUGUUGAAGGGAAUCUACAGUAGGACAGGCAAGUUGUGUCUAAACCCUGUUAUCUCUCAUGUCUGCUCCAUUAUACAAUCUGAAGUUAUUUGAGUUGCAAAAGGAUGAGAAACAAGUCAACCAAUCAAGAAGCUUCAUUUGUGGUUGUUAGACCCAUAAAGUGGAAUGGAUUCCCUGUGUUGUUGAAGUCACAGCAAGAUCUUGACAAAAGGAAGAUGUUAAUCAUACAGUAUAUAUUGUUUUCAGUUAACGUACCAGAGCUCUCCCGUAAAAUGUAAACCAUCAUUAGAGCUGAGCAAUGGGAAAGGUAAAUAUAAGUUAAAUUUUUAGGGAAACCAAAUGUCCAAUUUUUCAGGUGGUUCAAAUGAAUAAACUACAUUAAAUCUGCCUGUUUUUUAUGUUGUUCACUAGUGUAUAAAGAUUUACAUUUGAAAUUUUCUGAAACUGUAGGAGUUUCUUUUGAGGAAAUAAAAAUGACAGAUUGAAAUAA